AUGAAACUACGUGAGACAGCAGAAGAUCGCUGCGCAAGCGCUGAUCAAGAAUUGAAACGAAUAGAUUCCCAUAUAGAUUUGCUAUAUAGCACUAUAUCGAGUAUCAUGUAUGCAAUCACGGGGGAGGAGAAGAAAUCAUUGAAAUCGCUGCUGGCCAAAGCGGAGCUGGAAGCCAGGUUAGCAGAAGAGAAGCAACACUUGGAGCAUUUAGAAAAGGAGGCUAGAAGACGCAUGGAUGAGGUAACGGCAAAACUCAAGGAACUGGAGGCCCUUAAGCAAGUAACAGAGUCCGCUGGUGCAAAGCAGGGGGUAGGUAUCUGA